AUGAAAGGCUGAGGAUUGUUGAUUCUGUUUUUCUUAUUUUUCUUGAGGAGCCUUGCUGAUCCUGGUGCAAAAGAAUUUGAUGAUGCUAGGCUUAAAGUUAUCAAGAAAUUAACUGGCUAUGACCCAAGGCAAGCAUUUCAACCAAUUCCAACUGGUGACGGAGCAGAAGGAGAGUCUCAGUGCAUUGAAGCCUUAAGAAAAGCACUUUCUCCAGAGGGGAAAGAUCUGCUGCUAAAUUUCUAUUCUCUAUCUGGAAAAUCUAUUAACCAGCUUGGAAAGCUUGAGAAAUGACGAGACUUACCUGAGACUGAGUAUGUAAUACUCAGUGUUACAAUAACAGCUCCAAUAAUGAUAGGGACUUGAGUUCCUGCAUCUUGUAAUUCGCCUUCUGACUUUGCCGGACUUCAAAAAUAUAUCGAUUCCAAGAUUAAUCAGCCAGAUGUUCCUGAGGAGUAUUGGUUACGCCUAGACGUGUCCUUUCCCUAUCAAAUUCCUAAAAACUCAGCAGGGACUGGGACUAUCAUCACCCUCGUACUAAUAGGCAUCAUUACUAUGUUUGGAAUUGUAGGAAGCAUUACUCAAUAUAUUCCUUUCUUCAGAAAACCCCAAUCUGAUCCUAAUGGAAAUCCGGAAAAGAGCCUUAAUAACCUUGGGCUAGUUUUCUAUUCAUUCUCGUUCUCCAAUAAUCUCCAGAAGUUAUUCAGCUUAAAGAACAGAGGAGAGAAGGAACUGAGGGUCUUCAAUGGAAUCAGAGUCUUCAGCAUUUGCUGGGUCAUUGUGGGACACACUUUCUUGUAUGCAGCUGCAGCUCAGAAUCCAAACAUCCUUACCUUCAGACAGAUGAUGAACAAAUGGUACUUCGCUAUAGUCCCAGGAGGAUUCUUUUCAGUUGAUGUGUUCUUUAUGAUGGCAGGGUUCCUGACUUUCUAUCUCUUGACCACAAAAAUGGAGCCAAAAAGAGGCUGCAUUAAUUUUCCAAUGGUUAUCUUCCACAGAUGGUUCAGAUUAGUUAUUCCUGCAGGAUUUAUGAUCCUUCUUGGGAAUUUUAUAUUCCCAUUCUUUGCCGAUGGUCCUUUUAAUAGCUUCUAUUGGGAUCUAAAGUGAGAGAAAUAUUGGUGGUCCAGCAUUCUUUUUGUAAAUAACUUCGUACCAUGGGAAUCUGACGAGAUGUGAAUGUCUUGGUAUUGGUACCUCGCAAAUGACUUUCAAUUUUUCCUGAUCUCACCCCUUAUAAUCUUUAUUUAUCUUAAAAACAAGGCUGCAGGAUAUUCGGUCACAGGUGCUUUGGUGUUAGGAACGAUAAUCACAAAUAUGGUCAUCACCAAUCAUUAUAAACUUGGAAUUUUUCUUGCUAUUGAUAACCCAGCUAAUUUCUUUGACUUAAUUUAUUUCAAACCUUGGAAUAGGUUCUCCACAUAUGGAGUAGGUGCUUUAUUUGGAUUUAUGUAUUUUGAAUACAAGAAGGAUACUAAAGCAAAGGAGAAAUCUGAAAUCGAAGAACUGAGGCCAUCUAUUGGAACUAAAAUUAUAAUUGCACCAAAGCACUCAAGCUUUAUUACCUAUUUAUAUUUCCUAUCAGGACUGUUGCUAGUAACUUUUUUCGUAUUUAUUCAAACUACUUGGUUUAGGUCACAGCUAAAUACGAAUCCUUGGUCUAAUAUUUCCUGAAUGCUUUUCAAUGGCUUCUCAAGACCUCUUUUCAGUGCUGGAGUUUUCUUGAUAAUCCUGCCUACCUUUCAGAACAGACUUCCAUGGAUCAGUAGUUUCCUCGGAUCGGAUUUCAUGGUGAUUCUGGGAAGAACAACUUUCGGAGUGUAUCUUGUACAUUACACAUGGAUCAUUGCUUGGUUCGCAGAUGCAAGACAAGGAAUGUGGCUUACUAACCUUACCUCCUGGAUGACAAUCCUUGGAAUCGUGCCUGUAGCCUUCUUAUUUGCUAUCCCAUUUAGCAUGUUUGGAGAAGUACCUUUCAUGAACUUAGAAAAACACUUUUUGAUUCCGAAACCCCCGAAGAAGACUGAAAAGCUUAUGAAAGAGACUAGUAUUGAUCAAGAAGAGCUCAAGGAUGAAUUUGAAACAGACGGUCCAGAAUUCAAUCUCAAAGGACCUCGGUUCAAGACCUCGAUCCCUGGUUAUCGAAUUUCAAAGAGAACAGAAGUAUCAGAAAAUGAUUCGUUAAUGAACAAUUCUUCAAGAUUCAUAAAGACGCAUCAAGAGUAGCUCUUUGUCAGAAAUUCAAUCUGGA